GGCAUUUUCACUUGCUGCAAGGUCUUUAGACACACAGGAAGUCAAUCUGUAGUGGCAUUUUGGCUGAUCAUCAGUAGAUAUUUCAAGUUGGGUACCAACCAAUUCGGAGUGUUUGGUUAACAAGAAAAAGCCAUGGGUUCAGUCUCUGCAGCUCACAUGCUAGCUAUCAUCUUUUUGGUGGUGUUGUGUUGUGUCCCGUUUAGCUCUGCUAGAGAUUCCCUUACAACAGGCAAUUGGAUUGAGGAUGAUAACAGUACUCUGGUUUCCAUGAAUGGAACUUUUGAACUGGGCUUUUUUACCCCUAAUGGAAGCUCCAGCAAAGGAAGAUACGUCGGCAUAUGGUACCACAAGUUGAAAGAGAAAUCAGUUGUGUGGGUAGCCAAUCGAGACCAACCCCUCAAUGCCAAGUCUGCGCGUUUCGGGAUUCCACCAGAUGGUAAGCUCAAGGCAUGGGAUGACAAUCAAGUAGUCCUCUUGUUUCCUGGUGAAAAGUCUGGAGUCAGAGUGGUGAAGCUCAUGGACUCUGGGAACCUUGUUUUGCGUGUUAACGAAUCAGGGAAGAAUCUUUGGGAGAGCUUCCAUAAUCCUACAGAUACUUUUCUUCCUGAGAUGAAGAUGGAUGAAAUCUUAAACUUGACUUCAUGGGUAAGCCCCGUUGACCCUGCACCUGGAAACUAUGUUUUCAAGCAAGAAAAUAAGGAUUGGCUCACUAUAUUUCAGAAUCAGAAUUCAUCUAACGUGUAUUGGACAAGUGAGAAAUCAUGGCAAAUUCCUCAUUACAUAUAUGCGUUCCUAUACAACUCCAGCGAGCCCAGCAACCAGAAUUUAACAUUUGAAGCAGUCCCUUCACGGUUGGUAAUGAAUUUCACGGGGGAAAUAACGUAUCUAAAGUGGAAUAAUAGUAGGGAAGAGUGGUCUGAAAUCUGGUUGGCGCGGGGAGACAGAUGCAAUGUGUAUAAUGCUUGUGGGAAUUUCGGUACCUGCAAUGUUAACAAUGCUAUCAUGUGCAAAUGUCUGCCUGGAUUCGUCCCAAUCGAACAGGAUAAAUGGAAUGCAGAAGUUUUUUCAGGUGGGUGCGACAACAAGUCACCCCAGUGCGGGGACACAUUCUUGAACUUGAAGAUGAUUAAGGUAAGAAAGUACGACAUGGAGAUUUUGGGUAAGGAUGGGAAAAACUGCAGAGAGGAGUGCAGGAAGGAUUGCUCCUGUAAAGCAUAUGCUGGAGUUGCUCCCAAGUGCUGGAUUUGGUCUGGAAAUCUCCCUAGUCUUCAGGAGGAGGAUAGAGAUGGCUAUAAUCUUUUUGUUCGUGUCCUCACAUCUGAUUUAGAGUUAACAACAAGAAAUUGUGGAACUUGUGGCACAAACAUGAUCCCCUAUCCACUCAGCACUGGACCAAAAUGUGGUGACCCUAAGUACUUCCGUUUCAAUUGUGACUAUGACAGGGGCCAAGUCUCGUUCAAGGUAAUUGACAGCAGCUACCGAGUAAGUAGCAUCGAUCCUAAGGCAUCAAAAUUUGUAAUCCAGGUGAAAGAUGCAAAUUGUUCUCCAAGUCUCAUCCCCCAAAUUCUAAAACUAAAGUCGCCUUUUAGAAUGACUGGGGUGUGCAAUGCUUCCAAAACUGACAAAUUUAGCUCCGACUCCAAGAUGACAUUGAACAAUAGUGUUGAAAUAGAAAUCAGUUGGGAUCCACCUCCAGAGCCAGAGUGUACCUUAUCAGCAGACUGCAAGGAUUGGCCAAAUUCAAACUGCACCACUCGACGUGGAAGGAGAAAGUGCUUCUGCAAUGAAAACUUCAAAUGGAAUGGGCAGAGUUUAAAUUGUACACAAGAACAUGGCAAUCAGAAGUCUCUGGAAAUCGUGGUAGGAAUAUCUGUUGCUGUUGCUCUGGUUUCACUUUUAUGCACCCUUGGUUGUAUUGCUUAUUUGCUCAAUAGAACCAUCACCAAAAGGACAGAAAACAGAGCAAAUUGGGGGCGUCACUUGUAUGCUAGUGACAGCCGUGUGAAACACUUAAUAGACUCAGAGCAAUUCAAAGAAGAGGAUAAGAAAGGCAUUGAUGUACCGUUUUUCCACUUAGAAGACAUACUGGCUGCUACUGAUGACUUCUCAGAUGCAAAUAAACUUGGACAAGGGGGUUUUGGGCCAGUUUACAAGGGCAAGUUUUCUAAAGGGCAAGAAAUGGCGAUAAAGAGACUCUCCAGAGCUUCAGGACAAGGCCUGCAGGAAUUUAAGAAUGAGGUUGUGUUAAUUGCCAAACUUCAGCAUCGGAAUCUGGUUAGACUUUUGGGCUAUUGUGUUGAAGGUGAUGAGAAGAUUUUACUCUAUGAAUAUAUGGCCAACAAAAGCUUAGACUCCUUCAUAUUUGAUCGAACCCUUUGCAUGUUACUCAACUGGGAGAAGCGGUUUGACAUCAUUUUGGGAAUUGCUCGAGGGCUGCUGUAUCUUCACCAAGAUUCAAGAUUGAAGAUUAUUCAUAGGGACUUGAAAACAAGCAACAUUCUACUUGAUGAUGAGAUGAAUCCCAAAAUUUCAGACUUUGGCUUGGCAAAGAUUUUUGACAGUAAGCAAGUAGAGGCAAGCACAAACAGAGUAGUUGGAACUUAUGGCUAUAUGUCUCCGGAGUAUGCAUUGGAUGGAUAUUUCUCAGAGAAGUCUGAUGUCUUUAGCUUUGGUGUUAUGGUACUUGAGAUCAUCAGUGGGAAGAGGAACACUGGAUUUUAUCAGUCUGACCAAACUCCGAGCCUUCUAGGUCAUGCAUGGAAGCUAUGGAAAGAAGAAAAGGUUUUGGAGCUGAUGGACCAGACACUAAGUGAAACAUGCAACACAAACGAAUUUUCGAGGUGUGUAAAUGUUGGGCUGUUGUGUGUGCAAGAAGACCCAAGUGACCGUCCCACCAUGGCCAUUGCAGUUCUUCUGCUCAGCAGUGACGCUGCAACAAUGCCUGUUCCUAAAGAACCAGCUUUUGUUGUAAAGAGGGACCUUUCUAGAACAGCAUCUUCUUCUAGCAAGGCUGAAGCCUCCUGGAAGAAUGAGCUCCUAGCCACCAUAGGAGAAGGCCGAUAGCUAAGAGGAGAUCCAAUGUAUCCUUUACUGUUUACUUAGUUUAAUAAGUUUUAUCCAUCUGAUGUUCUAUUUUGGUUCUCCUCUCCAUCAGUUUGUAUUUGUGUAUAUAACUUUUUUCAAUAUCAUGGUUUGGAUUGGGGCUUCUGCAUAUGGUGCAGACUACCAA